AUGACAGCUCUGGAGGCUGAUCUGCUGGCACAAUUCAAGCCCACUAUCAAUGUUAAUCUUCUGACACAAAAUCUGGCCAAAGCUGAACACACGAUGGCCAAUUCCUUAGAAUACUUCAAGACCACUCGCCACCUAGUACUAUAUUAUGAAGAUCUGAUGAAAAAUCCCAAGUUACUAUCAUAUGCCCAAGAAUUUCUAGGAGUUCCAGUCAGAAAACUUGAGAGCCAGCAAGUUAAGAUUCACACAAAACCUCUUUCUGAACAGAUUAAUAAUUGGGACGAUGUUCACAGGACACUCAAAGGAUCACCAUAUGAGCAUUUUCUCGACGAACCAGAUUACUUUCGCUAG